GCCACAUGACACGUGGCCACUUCCUGUAAAGCCGAAGGGUGGGACACCACGGAAGCAGCAUCUUGCAAGUGUUGGAAUAUUUCUGUCGCUGAGCAGUUGGACUGAUAUUUAUCAUUCAACAUGCCGGCGUAUCACUCAAACCUGAUGGCCACCGAAACGAGGCUGGUGGGGAACAUGGCUUUGCUCCCCGUCAAAACUCAGUUUAAAGGACCAGCCAGAGGAGACGGCGUAGAUUCUGAUAUUAUUGACGAGGCUAUCUACUACUUCAAGGCCAAUGUUUUCUUCAAGAACUAUGAAAUCAAGAAUGAGGCAGACAGGACACUGAUCUAUGUCACACUCUAUAUUUCUGAAUGCCUAAAGAAACUACAGAAGUGCAGCUCCAGGAGCCAGGGAGAAAAGGAGAUGUACACUCUGGGCAUCACAAACUUUCCCAUUCCUGGAGAACCUGGCUUCCCCCUUAAUGCUAUGUAUGUCAAACCUGCAAACAAGCAAGAGGAAGAGACUAUGAGGGCCUACCUCCAGCAGCUCCGACAGGAGACUGGCUUGAGGCUAUGCGAUCGUGUGUUUGACCCCCAGACAGAUAAACCCAGCAAGUGGUGGGUUUGCUUCGUCAAGAAGCAGUUCAUGAACAAAAGCCUGUCAGCCCCUGGACAGUGAGCAACUAGGACUGCAGUUUUCUACACUUGCAAGAUGGAUUUUUGGGUGGGGUGGUAAAGGAGGGUCUGCUUUUGUGUUAAGAUUUUAUACAGUUUAUGUUCAAGCAUGUCUUCACUUGUUGAUUAUAUUGAGCUGGUGCUUAAUUCAAUAAAGCAAUUAUGGAGACGCGAAA